GCCCCCAUCAGCACGGGCAUCACCGGGCACAACCCGCGCUCCCCUGGUGACCCCUUCAAGGCUUUGCAGCACGGAAUCUGCACCCAAAGGUGCUCGGGGCAGAGGGGGAGCAGGGCAAGGAGACGUCCCCAAAGUGCCCCCGCCGGUGCCGGUGGCACCCGCAGCCCCACGCCGCCUUUCCGUGACGUCGGCCCCUCGGCGCCCCGCGGUGCAGCGCCUUCGCUCGCCGCUUCCUGCCCUCGGUGGCGGCGCAACCACGGGCGAGGCGGCAGCGUUGCCCCACCGGCAGCGCCCCACGGCCCCGCACGGACCCCGGCUCCUGCCCCGGGCUUCGGGGUCCCGGCCGGUGGAGGGACGUUGGCCCCAUGGAUGAUGACCGCCCCCUCUUCAGCACCUUCAGACCUGAGGACAACGCGGCCAGCGCCCAGCCGGGGCACGGCGCGACCCCGCUGCAGCCCCCGAGAGCGGAGCAGCCCCCGGAGCACCCAGAUGCUCAGGGCAGGGCGCCGCCGGGGUGGCCCCCGCCCGGGGGGGGGCGCGCAGCCGGAGCUGGUGGCCCUGUGGGCGCGCACCAGGCUGUGGUUCGAGCAGACGCAGGCCAGGAGGCUGGGGGCCGAGGGCGAGCUCCCAGCCUGGUUCCACGGCUUCAUCAGCCGGAGGGAGACGGAGCAGCUGCUGCGGGACCGGCCGCCGGGCUGCUUCUUGGUGCGCUUCAGCGAGAGCACCGUGGGCUUCGUCCUGUCCUACAGGGGCAGGGAGCGCUGCCGCCACUUCGUGCUGGACCAGCUGCCCGACGGGCGCUACGUGAUCCUGGGCGAGCGCAGCGCCCACGCCGAGCUGGCCGCACUGCUGCGGCACUACGCCGCCGCGCCCGUCACGCCCUACCGCGAGUUCCUGACGGUGCCGUGCCCACGGCAGGACAAGCCCCAUGGGGGGGGUGCAGCCCCCCAGCAGCAGCCCCCCAUCACCAGCCACCCCGGCGGCGUACAGCACCGUGGCCAAGCGGCCGCCGGGAGCCAGGCAGGCGGCGGGGGACGGCACCGAGGGAGGCUCCGGGGAGGCUCCCGGCAGCCCCCCCGCCGCUCCCGGCCAAGGUGGGCUCCUCGUCAGCCCCCCAGGGGCCGCGCAGCCGGGCUGGGAGCGGAGGGGCAGCCCCCGAGGGUCCCUACGCCCAGGCGCAGUGCGAAGCCGUCCCCGCCGAGCCGCCCGAGGCCAAGUACCAGCAGCUGGUGCGCUUCCACACCUACGCGGAGCCCCGCGAGUGCGCGGAGCCGGAGGAGCCCAUCCCCUUCUACGCCAUGGGCAGGGGCCGCGGCCCCCCCCCUCCCGAGGAGAACGUCUACUCCGAGGUGGCCUUGGCCCAGCGGUCGCUGCCCCCCCUGCUCCCCAGGGGGCCGCGGGGCCCCGUCUCCACGCUGCCCCCCAAGGCGCGGGCGCCCACCGAGCCCGCGCGCCGCCGGCUCUUCCGCAGCUUCUCCAGCCAAGCUUCCAGGAGGAGGCAGCCCCCGGCGGCUCCCACCGCGGGCGGUGGGCAGAGAGGAGCCCCCAGCCCACCCCUGGAGGCCCCAAGGGACCCCUCGCUGGAGUUUGACGACCCCGUUUACGGCCCGAGGAAGAGCAGCGCCCCGAGAGCCCCCACGGGGCAGGAGGAGAACAUUUACGAGCAGCUUUCUGGAGGGCGGCCCUGA